UUCUAAAAUCCGAAUUUGGAAAAGAUUCAAAUUUAACUCUAGCCGAAGAUGAUUUUGAUGAAGAAUACAGUAGCGAUAGUAGCAAUGGUGAAAGUGAAGCGGUUCGGGGGCUAGAAACUCACGACGUUCAAUCAGUAAUUGCUCAAGUUAAACAAGCAAUUUACAAUUCUCUUUGGAAAUAUUGGGGUGACCCAAAAUAUGCCGGUCUUCUAGCAACUCUACUAGAUCCAAGGCUCAAAAAAAUGCAUGUUUUUUCUAAUUAUUUAAAAAACGAAGCAAUUAGAAUAUGCCGUGAAGAACUUGAUAAGAUUACUAUCGAUGCAGCACCCAUACAAUCCACUGCUUCUUCCA